AAUUUUAAAUUGAAGGUUCUAGAAAUUUAAUCACAAGUGAUGUUUAUUCGGUGUAAUACUCGAAAAUUACGAAAAACAUUUUACGGUUUUAUUCUAUGAUGUAAAUUCUAUGGUUUUAUUCGGUCUUGUCUUGAUUUCAGUUAAAAAGCGAAGUUUAGCGAUGCGUAAUUUGUUGCUGCGCGUCGCCGCCCUACGAGAAGGAAACUUCACUUUGAAUUACAAAUCAGUCGAAUGAAUUGAACACGAGUCGCUGCUCCUUGCUUUCGUAUUUAUCAGAUUUUGCUUUACCUGCGAGACUGCCGAGCUACGUUCGCUCGGUUUGUACCGUUUGGGAGUAAUGUGACAGAACACGCACGCUACACUCACAUAUUUUUGCUCUUAACCUUUCAAAAGAGCAUGUCAACCAGAUUGUUUGUGGAGCGGUUCGAAUAUUUCUAAAAGCCACGAAUGCGAAUUGGAGUGCAGAUUGCGUCGUGUGGUGUGAAGCAAUUUGAAGAAUCAGCAUGGGGAAAGCCAAGAAAGGGCGCAAGACCGGCAAGGGGGACGACAGCGAGUCCGAAACGGAGGUAACUAAGCCUGAGGUCGUGGAGAAAGUUGAUAAGAAAAAAACUAAGCCUGAACCAGUAGCUAAAGCUGCAAGUGAUUCUGAAGAUGAAAUAGCAGAAAAAGUGCAAAAGCAGAAGAAGAAAGAUGCGAAGAAAAAGGAGAAGAAAGCAAAUUCUGAUGAUGAGGAAGCUGCAGAUGCACCAGUCAGCAAGGUGGCAAAGUCUUUUGCUCUGCUAGGAGUUGAUAGUGGGCCAGAAUCUGCACCAUCAGACAAUAAUGAUCAAAGUGAUAGUGAACCAGAAGUUAAAGUUGUUAAAAAGAACACAAUGAAAAAGGGUAAUAGUGAUGAAAGGACUAAAGAACAGGGCAAGAAAGGCAAAAAGGGCAGAAGGAAAAAGGAUGACAGUGAUGAAGAUAUAGAUAAAGUAUUAGCUGAAUUGGAAAUGGAGUAUUCAGGUGUUAAAGUAGAAGCAACUACUCAAGAACCAGUUGAACCAGAAAAAAAGGGCAAGAAGAAGAAAUCUAAGGAUGAUGGUCAACCCAAGGAAGAUGAUAAGGAAGAAGAAAAGGAGGCUGAUGGUGAGCAAGCUGAUGAUGAACCAUCCUCAACUGUAAAAACGGCUGCACAGAAGAAAAAAGAAAAGAAGCAGCGAGAAAAAUUAAAAAAGGCGCAGGCCAAGAAAGAUGAUACAACUAAACCUGCCAAGGAGGCUUCGCAAGAACCCGAUGCUAGUGAUGAAAAACCAGUGAAAGUAGAACCUGCAGUCUCUGCUGAAGCAGCAGAUGCAUCACAAGAAAAACCUGAUGAAGCAGAAGCUGCCGAUAGUAAAAAGAAGAAGAAAAAGAAGGGUAAGGAAGAGGAAAAGGAUGCGAAGGAAGCAAAGAAAGGACCCGGCAAGAAAACGAUAGCUGCUAUGCAGGAAGCUCUUAAAAAGUUGAAGGAAGACGAAGAGCGAUUAAAACGCGAAGAAGAAGAACGAAUUAAAAAGGAAGAGGAAGCCGAGGAAGCAAGGUUGGAACAAUUACGCUUGGAGCAGGAACGGAAAGAUAAGAAAAAGAAGCGCGAGAAAGAUCGUAAGGAUCGUUUGAAGGGAGGGAAAUUGUUAUCGGCGAAACAAAAAGCUGAUCGGGCGAGAGCUCAAGCGUUAAUUGAAGCACGGAAGGCUCAGGGUUUGGAUCUGCCUGAUGUGGGUGAAAGGAAGCCUAGAUUAGGAACAAGAAUUAAGCCUAAUAAAUUAAAACAACAAACAAGCAUCGACAAAGACGAAACGAAAGAAGACACCGAAAUAAAACAAGAAGAAACAUUACCAGCAGUACCUGAUGCUACCAGUGAACCUGCCGAAAAAUCUCCGAAAGAAGAAAUCAAAGACUCCUGGGAUGUUGAAAGCUCCGAAGAAGAAGAAUCAGAGGAAGUCUCGUCCGAAACUAAAGCUGAUACUGAUAAACCUGCGAAAAGUGAAGAACAACCAGAGUCUAGUAACGAAAGCGACGAUGAAGACGACGAAGACGAUGAGGAUGAUGAUUCCGAAGACGAUUCCGAGUCUGAAGACGACAACGAGAACGACAAUCGAACGGACGCCGAAAAACGUCGUGAUAAAGCCAAGGAGCGCAUUGAACAGCGCAAACUUGAGGCGGAGAAGAACCGCACCUUAGACAACCUUCGCGCAGCCAUCGUUUGUGUCCUCGGCCACGUCGACACAGGCAAAACGAAAAUCCUCGAUAAACUCAGACGUACGAACGUGCAGGACGGCGAGGCAGGUGGUAUUACGCAACAGAUUGGUGCAACGAAUGUUCCUAUCGAAGCCAUCAAGGAAAAUAUUAAAAACGUAAAAGGCGCUGCUGAUAUGCUGCUGAAAAUACCUGGUUUGUUGAUUAUUGACACACCAGGGCACGAGUCAUUUAGUAAUUUGCGUAGUCGCGGUUCUUCACUGUGUGAUAUCGCUAUUUUAGUAGUUGAUAUCAUGCACGGGUUGGAACCGCAGACGAUCGAGUCGAUAAAUUUGCUAAAGUCGCGGAAAACGCCGUUUAUUGUUGCGUUGAAUAAGAUUGAUAGAUUGUACGAUUGGCAGACGAUGAAUCGCAAGGAUAUUAGGGAUGUUAUCAAGAGCCAGGCUGCGAAUACACAGCUGGAGUUUGAGCAGCGCACCAAGGAAGCGAUUGUGCAGUUUGCCGAGCAGGGGUUAAACGCAGCGCUGUUUUAUGAGAAUCCUGACUUUAGGAGUUAUGUUAGUUUGGUUCCCACUAGUGCUGUUACAGGCGAAGGUAUGGGUAAUCUGUUGGCGUUGAUUGUUGAAUCAUCACAGAAUUUGCUCGCGAAGCGUUUGAUGUAUUCGGACGAUUUGCAAGCGACAGUGCUGGAAGUUAAGGCAAUUUCCGGUUUGGGCACCACCAUUGAUGUCAUUUUGGUUAAUGGUACACUUAGGGAAGGUGAUACGAUGGUUUUGGCUGGUACCGAUGGACCUAUUGUUACACAAAUUCGCUCACUGUUAAUGCCACAACCUAUGAAAGAACUUAGAGUUAAAAAUGCCUAUAUAGAAUAUAAAGAAAUAAAGGCCGCCCAAGGAGUGAAGAUCGCCGCAAAGGAAUUGGAGAAAGCCAUCGCCGGCUUGAAUCUGUACACUGCACAGAAACAAGACGAGGUGGAGAUUGUCCGCGACAUCGUCGCCAAGGAAUUAAAAUCAGCGCUGUCUAAGAUCAAGCUGCAGGACCGCGGUGUGUACGUGCAGGCGUCCACACUCGGUUCACUUGAAGCGUUGCUCGAGUUCCUUCGCACCAGCAAAAUUCCGUAUUCCGGUAUUCGCAUUGGUCCAGUCGUCAAGAAGGAUGUGAUGAAAGCUUCCAUCAUGUUGGAACAUGAAAGCCAAUUCGCCACAAUUUUGGCGUUCGAUGUCAAAGUCGAGCGGGACGCGCAGGAACUCGCUGAUUCGUUGGGCGUGAAGAUAUUCCGCGCCGAUAUCAUCUAUCAUCUCUUCGACAUGUUCAUUGCCUAUCGCGAUGAAUUGAAGGCGCGAAAGCGCGAAGAGUUCAAACACAUUGCUGUCUUCCCAUGCAAGCUGAAAGUUCUGCCACAGUUCAUCUUCAAUUCGCGUGAUCCCAUCGUAAUGGGCGUCAUGGUCGAAGCUGGCAUUAUCAAAGAAGGAACACCACUCUGUGUUCCCAGUAAAGAGUUUGUUGAGCUUGGCUUUGUGAGCAGUAUUGAAAGUAAUCACAAGAACGUCGAGACAGCAAGGAAAGGCAUGGAGAUUUGCAUUAAGAUCGAACCGAUUCCGGGCGAAUCGCCGAAGAUGUUCGGCCGGCACUUUGACGAAACCGAUAUGCUCGUCAGCAAGAUAUCUCGGCAGUCGAUCGACGCCUGCAAGGAUUACUUCCGUGACGACCUGGUGAAGACCGACUGGCAACUGAUGGUGGAGUUGAAGAAGACCUUUGAGAUUCUGUAACGCGCCAUGCAGAAUCCCGGUGACUCGACGAAGGAAUGAAGACAUAGCUAUUUUAUACAUGAUGUUUAUUUGAGAUUCUUCAUCAAUUUUAUUUUGAUUUAUGAUUAAUGUCGUCAAACCGACACCAUCUUUGGUUGAUUUUAUCCUUAUGCGAUCCUUAUGCCCUUGGCGGAUACUGGAUGAAAGCCAGUAAAAUAAAAAAGGAAUUGUGCAACAA